AUGCGUCGUCCUAUGGCCAUGGGUCAUCCUAGUGCUUCUCGUAUGACCCGUCCAGCCGGCCCCGUAUCGAACCAACAAAGGCCCUUCGACAUCAGACCUCACGAACGCGGCCCUUAUCAGGGCCACAAGAAUAGGGAAAUUAACUACAACUAUGCCGCCUACAAACAGAAAGUAAAUGGUCUAUCUCCACGAAUAAUGCGUCGUCCUAUGACCAUGGGUCAUCCUUGUCAUAAUCAAGUGAGGCGUACAGCCGUUCCUGUACCGGACAGAAAAACUCUACUUCACCAGAGUCCAGCUUCCUCGAACUUCGAAGUAGACAGGGCUCUGAAGGAAAUGAUCAUUAUGAAAGCAAAACUUUCGCCUAUUGUUCCCAUUUCGGGGUUGGAUAUUAACAAAAAAGAAUUGCUCUUCCAUCAUCCUAAGUCAACGCUAUCAGAGAUGCCCCUUUCUAAAGGUUCCUCAACCCCGAGUAAGUACAAAUAA